UACGUACAGUGCCUGUUCAAGAGUUACAAUAUUAUCAUGGACUUAAAAAUAAACUUAAAUACAAACAGUCCUCAAGAAAAGGGUAUCUCUUCUAAAAUAUUAUUUUGGUGGUGCUUUCGCCUCUUUCAUAAAGGGCACAAGCAUGGUAUUACUAUAGAAGAUCUAUGGAGACCUCCAAAAAAAGACAGAUCGGAAUACUUGGGAGAUCGCUUAGAAAAAGCAUGGCUUAAAGAAGUACAAGCGGCCGAAGCCAGUAACACACAACCUUUGCUUGGCAAAGCUAUCAUAAAAUGUUUUUGGUUUGAAUACAUGCUGUAUGGCAUCGGAGUUGGAGUACUUUUUAUAGCCGUAUGGCCGAUGGUACCAUACACUCUGGCUCUAUUUGUAGGCUACUUCUCGGGAGAAAAAACUUCGCAUGAUUAUUUAUAUGCACAUGUAAACAAUUUAAUAAUGAACCUAUGUAUCAUUGGUAUACCUUUGUUGAUCAACCACUUGGAACUUCUACAAGGUGCUGUCGGUAUGAGAGUGAGGGUGGCAUGUUGUUCCCUAAUGUAUAGGAAGGUUCUAAAAUUGAACCAUCGAGGAAUAAAAAAGACUGACGCUGGUCAAGUGAUAAACAUUAUGUCUAACGAUGUGAAUCGUUUUGAUUUAGCGUCCUUAUAUCUACACUACAUUUGGGUAAUGCCAAUCCUGAUUGUUUAUGUGUCUUACCUGGUAUGGCAGUGUAUCGGAUGGGCGACUCUAGCUGGCCUUGUUGUGAUACUUCUCCAAACUUUAUUAAUGCAAUCUUAUUUAAGUGUUCUACAAACUGACCUCAGAAGGAAAAUAGCUAAACGAACAGAUGAACGUAUCAAAGUUAUGAAUGAAUUAGUAAACGGAGUCCAAGUAAUCAGAAUGUACGCUUGGGAGAACUAUUUUGAAAAAAUAGUAGAUAAAUUACGAAAGUUGGAAAUUAGAUUCAUUACAAAAACAUCCAUGAUCAAAGGUUUUUCAACAGCAAUAAUGAUAUUUACUGAGAGGUUGGUUCUUUUUGCUGCUGUAGUAAGUUUUACUGUUGGUGGAGGUCUCAUUCGAUCAGGAAUAGCUUUCUCCCUAGUCCAAAAUUAUAAUCUAUUACAAAGAGCCUGCAGCAUACUUUUUCCGUGGGCAUUAACAUAUUUUGGUGAAUCGAAAAUUUCCGUUAAACGAAUAGAAGAAUUUCUAUUGCUUGAUGAAGGUAACAAGAAAGCUUCUAACGAAAAACACCUCUUACCAAACCCAAAAGAUGCAAAUCAAGGAGUACAAAUUGCUGCCUUGGAUUUAAAGGCAGCACAUGCCUUAUGGGAUUCAAGCUCUACUGUCCCUUCGUUAUGUAAUGUAUCACUUUCGAUAAACCCUGGAGAAUUCAUUGGCAUUAUUGGUCCUGUAGGAUCCGGAAAGUCCUCGUUACUGCAAGUGAUUUUAGGGGAACUAGAAUUGUCUAAUGGAGAAUUGUCAUUGGGAAAUGCAAAAAUAUCUUAUGCCUGUCAAGAACCGUGGCUAUUUGCAGGAACAAUUCGUCAAAAUAUACUUUUUGGUUUACCUUAUAAUCAAACACUGUACGAUAAGGUUAUUCAGGCCUGUGCACUUAUUCACGACCUAGAACUGCUGCCAAAUGGGGACUCAACUGUAGUAGGAGACAGAGGAGUUACUCUAAGCGGUGGUCAAAAAGCUCGAGUCAGUUUGGCACGUGCCUGUUACCGGAAGGCUGACAUAUAUCUCCUGGACGACCCGCUGUCGGCGGUGGACACACACGUGGGCAAGCACCUGGUGUCGGAGUGCGUCAACGGCCUGCUGCGGCACUCCACGCGCGUGCUGGUCACGCACCAGCUACAUCACCUCAAGACUGCUGACAAAGUCGUCAUACUCAGAAAUGGAGAAAUUGAAGCGCAAGGUACAUAUAAAAAGAUUUCAAAUACAGAGUUUAUGAAAGAGACCUUUGAAAGAAACGAUUGUAUAGACAAUCGAUAUAAGAAGAGUAAGACAAAUAUAAAAAAGGAAUAUAAAUCAAAAUCCAGUAUGCUUGAUAUGGAUACAAGACCCGAAAGGGAUGAAAAUGGGGAACCUCAAGAAACCGAUGAAUUUAUUAAAAAGGGAAGGGUAACAAAUGACGUGUAUAAAAAAUAUUUCUUCAGCUCUGGCAAGAGUAUGUUGACUUGGACAGUUAUUACCAUUGUUAUAGCACAAAUCAUUACAUCUUCAAGUGAUCUUUGGUUUACACAUUGGAUCAACAGCAUUGAAACACGUUUAAAACAAAAUAAUGCUAACAAUCUUGAUUCCAAUUUUAAUAUUACAUCGGUUGUCACUAAAAAUUUGAAUGGUUCUAAAUCGUCUGUAAGUCCAUUGAUAACAAAUAACCAAGAAAGCACGGUUCAUUUGUAUUUUAUAUACAUUUGGAGUGCAACAUUACUAGGGUGUAUAUUGUUUACAACUGGCAGAUCCUUCCUAUUCAUGGCAAUAUGUAUGCGUAGCUCAGUAAAGCUGCAUAAGAAAAUGUUCAGUAACAUUCUUACGGCUACAAUGAGGUUUUUCACAGUUAAUCCCUCUGGCAGAAUAUUGAACAGAUUUUCCAAAGACAUGGGAGUUGUAGACGAAAUUUUGCCGAAAAUGUUUCUUGAAAGUAUUCAGAUAGCUUUGGUUACCUGCGGUAUAAUAGCAGUGGUCACUAUUAUGAAUCCGUACAUGGUAUUGGCUGCAAUAUUUUGUGGCGUUUUCAUGUACUUAUGGUCGAUGGUGUACGUGAGUACUGCUCAAAGUGUUAAAAGACUCGAAGGUGUGACACGUAGUCCAGUGUUCUCCCAUGUAGCCGCAACGAUGGCAGGUCUUACAACAGUGCGGGCUUGUGAUGCCCAAACCAUGUUAUUGGCGCAGUUCGAUGAGAAACAAGACGUUCACACUUCGGCCUGGUACUUAACACUUGCAACUAACACUUCGUUUGCUAUAUGGCUCAGCUUUAUAGCAGCAUUGUUCGUGCUAAUAGUUACUUACGCAUUUCUGCUCCUAGAUGACGGCUCUACAAAAUCUGGCAAUGUUGGUCUUGCUGUGAGCCAAGCUCUUGUGUUGAUUAACAUGUUACAGUAUGGAAUAAAACAAAUAACUCAGGUGGUAUCUCAAAUGACAAGCGUGGAAAGAGUCCUAGAAUACACGAAUCUUCCUCAAGAGGUAUCGCCCAAAACUCUUCCACCGAAGAAUUGGCCAGAACAAGGUCGUAUAGUAAUUAAAGAUCUGUAUCUAAGAUACGAUGAGGGCUUGGAACCUGUUCUUCGAAAUUUAAACAUUGUCAUCGAAGGCGGCUGGAAGGUUGGAAUAGUAGGGCGCACUGGUGCUGGAAAAACGUCGUUAGUAUCUGCUAUAUUUCGGCUGGCUCAAGUUGACGGACAAAUUUUAAUAGACGAUGUUAAUACUGGUACAAUCAACCUAAAAGGUCUACGUUCGAGAAUUUCCAUUAUACCUCAAGAACCGGUGCUGUUCUCAGCGAGUUUGCGGUACAAUCUAGAUCCAUUUGAUCUGUAUUCGGAUGAACAGAUAUGGAAAGCUUUAGAGCAGGUUGGAUUGAAGGACAAUAUAAAGGCGUUGUCUUUAACAGUAGAAUCAGGCGGCUUGAACUUCAGCGCUGGUGAGCGUCAGCUGUUGUGUCUGGCGCGUGCCGCUCUCGCCUCCAACAGACUGCUCAUCCUCGACGAAGCCACUGCUAAUGUGGAUCCUAAGACAGACGAGCUAAUCCACAAAUCCAUUCGUGAAAACUUUUCUGACUGCACUGUGCUGACAGUCGCUCAUCGUCUACAUACUAUAGCCGAUGCUGACAGGAUCAUUGUUAUGGAAGAAGGACAAAUCAUUGAAUUUGAUCAUCCACAAGAAUUGUUGCAGAAUGAAGAUAGUCAUUUUUCCAAGAUGGUGAAAGAAUUAUCCUAGAGCCUGAAGUUUGAACGAAUUGUAAAGGAAAUAAACUAAUUUGGAGAGCCCAGC